AUGUUUAUGCAAAUAAUAAUUCUGAUAAGUUGAGGAAUGUUAAUGCUACAAUAAGUGAUGCAAGAUGUAAUUUUUAUGCAUGUGUAGGAGCCAGAAUGAGGAAUGAUGGUUUAAACCCCUUAAUACUUUCUAAGGUUUACCAAUCUGUAAUGAUACCUAAAAUGCUAUAUGGAGCAGAAGUUAGAUCUUUUAAUAAGCAGGAGGUUGAACUCUAUGAAAAAACUCAUAAACACAUGUGUAAAUCUAUUCAGAAUGUACCUCAGAAUACACCAAAUGAUGCAUGUUUGGCAUUAUUGGGGUGGAGAGGAAUAUUAUAUAAUAUUGAGCUAUGUAAGCCAAUGUUCUGUUUCAACAUAUUGUCCUUGGGUGCCAGUAAUAUUUAUAGAAACAUUUUUAUAUUUAGAGUGUUUGAAUGUUUAGUGAAUCAUCAAGCAGGUGGUAUUACUAAAGAGUAUAUUACUG